CAAUCCCAGUUUUAACAUCAAUCAAUAAACGUUUACAUUAAGAAAACCCAAGUUACACACACAAGUAUUCUCAAUAGUCCUAUAAUUUUCUUGAGAGGAGAUGUCUAGCAUGCAGCAACCAUUCAACGCAGGCCAAUCCCAAGGCCAGGGCCAGGCUAAGGCAGAAGAGUGGAUGCAGUCCACACAGGAAACAGCACAUCAAGCUAGGAACGCGACUUCUGAUGCAGCUCAAUCAGCCAAGGAGUCUGCCCAGCAUGAAAAGGACCAAAGUGCUGGAUUUCUUCAGCAGACUGGAGAGCAAGUGAUGAACAUGGCACACGGUGCUAUGGACAGCGUGAAGAACACACUCGGAAUGAAUGAAAAGAAAUGAAGAAGAUAUAUACCAGCAGCAGCCACAUCUUCCUGUUAUGAUGUGUGAAGAUGUUUUAUUAACUAAUUAGCAUCUACGAUGGAGUUAGGGUUUUGUUAAUUAGGAGCAUUCCUUGCUCUUAAUUCCUUAUCAUUCCGGACACUCAAGUUAAUUUGUCUGUUAGAGUCAGACUGAGAAGUCUUCGAAAGAAGGCUCCUGCCAUCAGUUGUAAUAAACUCUACAGAUAUAUUCUUUAGUUUGUUUUCCAUUUUUCUUUCACAUUACAGCAGUCAAUGUAAUAAAAGCUAAAUACUACUGCAAUAGUGCCAUAUUGCCAUGCAA